GAACGUGCGCGCGAGGGCUCCAUUGCAUCGCCGAGCACCUAGAGCUGUCCUGCCGCGGGCCAAGCCAGCUGCCUCAAAGCCACAGCAUGACGGAAUCAACAAGAAUCAUCAAAACCAAUGCCGAAUUACACUUCCUUUGCUUAUUAUCUGUUUGCUUUCCGCACCGCUCUGACUCUCCCAAAUUGUUGCAUUUGUCAGCGUCUCCGUUGAAAUUUGCGUAGCGGCAAGUCCGUACUGGAGUCGGGAACGUGUGGCAGGUGCCGCGUGUGGUGAGUUGAAUUGAAGUUCGUGGAAGGGCUUUAGAAGAGAGCAACAUCAUCGCUUUGGUAGUGUGGGGUGUGAUGAGCAGCAGGAGCGGAUUGGUGUGGUUUGGUUUGUCACUAGGGAGGGAUUUCCGUGGAUUCGUGAUGAUCGUGACGAGCUAUAGUUUUUGAUCAGCGGAGAACGGUGAGUAAGCCGGGUUUUGCAUGGUUGUUGAGCGGGUGGUGUCGGUUGCGUGUGUGAGUGGCUGUGAUGGUUUAAUCGUGUGGAUGUUGCUAUGGUGAGUGAAUCUCAGAGGAUGACAGAAUGAUUUGAGACGAUAGACGAUAAAAGUCUUGCUCGCAGUAAAAAAAAACUAGUCCACGGAGAGCGAGAGAUAGUGGACAGACACUCUUGCGAAUAGGGCUUCGGGAAUUGUGGAAAGUUUGUUAUUGUAUUAAUUUAGCUAGACUGAAACGCUAUCGUGCUUUGAGAUUAUUUUGAUGUAUUACAUUCUUGGGCACUGUGUAGCAAUAAGUACAGUUUCUAAGAAAAGUGGAGCAUUUAUAGGGGAAGUGUGACGCAACGUAGCUGUUCAUACUCGGAGUUCUUGGUUUCUGUUCACAGACUUCUUGUUAGUUCAAAAUGGGAGAGGAGAAGUAAUCUGGUCUGGCACUCAUCCACCCUGGAUUAAAGGAAUGGUUAGAAUUUCUAUGGUUAUUUUGCAGCAAUCUGCCGUUCUACAGACGUCAAGAACAGGCUGAAGUCAAUUUCUCUUACAGAAUGCCUUUCAAGGGGGAUUCGCCUUUUUCUAAUGUAGAUUUAGAGGGUGGAAAUGAAGUUCGGAAGCCCCUUCUGGAGCCUCAAGUCGAGGCAGAUGUUGAAAGUCCAGAAUCAAACGAUGGAAAUGAAGUUCAGAAGCCCCUUCUGGAGCCUCAAGUCCUAGCAGAUGUUGAAAGACCAGAAUCAAACGAUGUCAAAGUGGAGGAUAGUGGAGAAGACCAUGAGCAACAUCAUUUAGUGAAGCAUGUUCACUUUUCCGAGUCUCUGCAGCGCGUUCUAGAAAAGAAGGAAUUGGAUGAGGAGCAAGGGCUGAACAAGGAUAAUGAUGAAGAAGAAGAUGAAGAAGACGAGGAUUUUCUGGAAGUGGUUGAAUUUUGGGAGUGGGUGAAGGCGGAGGUCAAGUGCUACGCCAGAUACAUUUGUCCAGUUGUUCUUGUAAAUGCAUGCAUCCUUCUUCUCGUCAUCUUAUACUACUCAACUUGGAAAAGCUAGACCAUAGGAAGUCAAGUGACAAUUGGUAUCUGCAUUCGCAUUAGGCAUCUCGUUUCUUGAGACUUGGACGAAUUUCACAAUUAUUGAGACUCAUAUGGUGGUCUUCUCACCAUUACUUGCAAAGCCAAUUUUGAAAUAUGGUUAACUUCACAUGUAAAACUUGUAUAACGAGGUAAUGUAACAACUCAACUUUGGCCAGAUGGUCAGGUACGUUCAAGGAUUUAGUAGGAAUUACUUGAACACUAAUGUAGAUUACUUCGUAUUACGAAUAAACUUCACCUUCUGCUCUUUGCCAAAGCAGACACCGAAGAAUUUCAAACCUGAAACCUGAUGCUGCGUCAGUUGAGCACUGAAAUGUGAUUGCGAUCUAAUUUGGAGUUCCCCAUUUAGGUUGUGUACUAAAAUAUAGGACACGCUGGAGUGUGUUUUUUAUGACUUCUCCAGUCGGACUGUUAGGAACCUGGGCCAGUAACUUGUAAUCAUGCUCUUUGAGCUCUUGCACAUACAAUAAUUGGGUUUCCCAGGCUUUAUCACCUCA